ACCCUGAAAAAAAAAAUUAAUUAAAAAGAAAGAAAGAAAAUCGAAACGCACAUAUGAUGGUCGGCGUGAAAGUCGCCAGGAGCUCUUUCUAUAUCUCUCUCCGUUGUGAAUUUAUUCUUUUCUUCCUUUGUUCUCCUUCAUCGUGUUAUUGAACGCUGUAUCUUCUCCGUUUGGAUCCCUAACAAGCUUCGCUCUGAUCCUCUUUCUUCUGCUCGGUAAUCAAACAGAGAAUUCUUUUGAGGUAGCGAGUGUGAAUUUUGAAUUGUAUCCUGUGCUAAUUCAAGCUAGUUUUUGAAGGGUUGAAGAGAAAUGAUUCGGGGGAUUGUUCGCCGUAAAGUUGCUCCGGCGUUGGGACAUGCCUGGAAAACUAGGCCUCUAUUGGCUGGGUCAAGCUGUUAUCAAGUUGCACGAACUGAGGGUAUACUCAUUGGCAAAGUCAACUUUGUUGAGAGCUUAAGUUAUCACACACUUUUAGGCGGGCAUUCUUGUGCAAAACCAAGAAGGGAAGUCACUUCACUAUUUCAAACUGAAGGCUUUAUCAAAUUGACGAAUAGAUCAUUUUCUUCUAACGAUGGAGACCUGGUUGAAGCUGUUGUUCCUUUCAUGGGUGAAUCUAUUACUGAUGGCACUUUGGCACAGUUCUUAAAGAAACCUGGUGACAGAGUUAAAGUAGAUGAGCCCAUUGCUCAAAUUGAAACAGAUAAGGUGACAAUUGAUGUGGUUAGUCCUGAAGCUGGUGUUAUUCAGAAGCUUUUGGCCAAAGAAGGUGAUACUGUGGAACCAGGUGUCAAGAUUGCUGCCAUUUCAAAAUCAGGUGAAGGUGCAGCAGAAGCUGCUUCUCAGCCAUCAGCUCCAGAAGCGAAAGGUGAAACACCUCCCAUAGCAGAAACUGCACCUAUCAAGGAGACAAAAAAAGAGCCAUCUCCACCACAGCCUAAGGCCAAAGCACCUUCUCCACCUCCACCUAGACCCACAGCUUCAGAACCCCAGCUUCCUCCUAAGGACAGGGAAAGACGGGUUCCUAUGACAAGACUCAGGAAACGUGUGGCAACACGAUUGAAGGAUUCCCAGAACACGUUUGCCAUGUUGACCACAUUUAAUGAGGUUGAUAUGACUAACUUGAUGAAGCUCCGUUCCGAUUAUAAAGAUUCCUUUGUUGAAAAGCAUGGAGUGAAACUGGGACUUAUGUCUGGCUUUGUGAAAGCUGCUAUUAGUGCACUUCAGUAUCAGCCAGUUGUGAAUGCUGUCAUUGAUGGAGAUGAUAUAAUAUACAGAGAUUACAUUGAUAUCAGUAUUGCAGUGGGAACUCCAAAGGGUCUUGUUGUUCCAGUUCUCCGCAAUGCUGGUAAUAUGAACUUCGCUGAAAUAGAGAAAGAAAUCAACACUCUUGCCAAGAAGGCAACUGAUGGUUCUAUAUCAAUUGAUGAGAUGGCUGGUGGCACAUUCACAAUAUCGAAUGGGGGUGUUUAUGGAAGCCUUUUGAGUACACCCAUCAUCAACCCUCCUCAGUCGGCUAUUCUGGGCAUGCACUCAAUAGUGAACCGUCCCAUGGUUGUUGGGGGCAAUGUUGUGUCAAGGCCAAUGAUGUAUAUUGCAUUGACUUAUGAUCAUCGGCUGAUUGAUGGAAGAGAGGCUGUCUUUUUCUUGCGCCGCAUUAAAGAUGUUGUUGAAGACCCUCGCAGACUUCUCCUUGAUGUAUGAAGAAUCUCUGUUAAACUCCAAUUUGGAAGUAUACAUGAUUCUGCAUUGCUGCGUAAAACCAGAAUAAUCAUCCAUUUUUGUUGAGAUGACUUUACUAACCUUUCAUUAUAUUCCAUGUUAGUAUGUUUUCAAAGGCUAUGUUCAACAGGUGUGUUUGGAAGCGGAUAUACUGUGAAUUUUGUUUAUUUAUUUAAGCACUUUCUAUAUGUUUUAACUUUUGGUGCUAAUAAUGAGGAUUAUCAAUUUAUCAUGGCAGCAUGGCUGGUAAUCUGCGAGUCAGUUGCUUCCUAAAUUUAUUUA